ACACAAAUUCGAGUGCUGGGUCUUAAAGGAAGAAAGCGAAUAUCUGUUCCUCAUUCGCUUUUGAGAAAAGAAGAAAAUCACUUGCGCGUUAUUUUCUGGAGUUUGUAUAGUUGAAGACUUCGCAUUAUUUCAACACGACGGACUGAGUUGCCAUGGCAAUGCGAUGUCCAUCACUGAUUUCUUUACUACUCUUCGUAUUCGUGAUACUUCUAACGGCGUCGGCCACUUACUCCAAGCGCCAUAGAAACGGCCACCGGGACGCGAGAGUCAAUAACGACGACGACAACGAAGGCGGCGAUGUUCGGUUGCUCCCGUUUGGGUAUCUGCCAUCACCAGACAAAAAUGACAAAACCCACUCCCCAGAUGACGUACUUACGCCCUCUAGCGAGGAAGCUGUGGCCAUCACGGAGGGACAGUAUCUGCGCAACGACUGGUGCAAAACACAGCCACUGAAACAGACCAUUUACGCAGACGGUUGCAUCUCGCGUACCAUCAUCAACCGGUUCUGCUACGGACAAUGUAAUUCUUUCUUUAUUCCCAAACAAGAACUGAGGCAACACGUAAGCGCUUUUCAGUCGUGUUCUUUCUGCAAACCAUACCGGUUCAACUGGAUUACAGUGACGCUACGUUGCCCGGGUCAGAAACCACGACUUCAGAGAAAACGUGUGCAAAGAAUUAAAGAGUGCCGCUGUAUGGCAGUGCCGCUACCUUAGCUUUUAACUGUAAAGUCUGUAGUCUGAGAACAUAUUAAUAAAUACAGAAGUGUCUCCUACCUUGGCGGCAGUAAGUUGCAUGAUGGGAGGACGUGACACUUCUGACUCACGAGGGCGCAACACAGAACAUGUUAAUUGAUUUGAUACGAAGUGCUUACCGAUUUGAAAAGAACAGUUGGAAUCAAGACAAUGAAACAAAACAACAUUAUACCAUGUUCACAAAUUGAAGGUUGAACUGGCAUGGUCGGUUUCUAUCAAGUUGGCCAUGCAUGUUAAAUCCUGUAUGCGAUACGGCGACAGUGUUAUUCUGAAAGCCUGAACUUUAUCGAGUAAACCUAAAAUCUAUCUUUAGUAAUUUAUCAGAGAGCAAACAAAAACUGUUGGUAAUGAUGUAUAAUAUUAAUUUAAUCGCGAUAACGGGUCACGUGAUAUAUGUACGUUCAAGUACAGGGUCGUAUACGUUUCAUUAUAGUCGCUGCAGGAGGAUUACGUGACGUGUUUGUUUGUUUGUUAUUUAAUAUGUCUUCAAAUAUUUGCAUAUUAUAAACGAAAUUAGAAUAUUAUGUAUAACAACAGAUUAAAUGCUAUUAAUGGAAUAUCCUAUUUCUCUGCUUUUUGAAUCAGGUUUUUUUUUAAAACGCAAAAAAUGGUCACCUCAAAUCUGUGUCCGUAAAAAUAAAUAAAUAAAAAAAAAAAACGGAAACAAACAACUUCCGGAAGCUGUCGUCUCCCAUGACAAUGAUGUAAAAUAUAGCGUAAGCUUGCCAGUGAAAAUCGAUUUAUUGUAUUUACAUCCGGUAGAACUGUGUGUGUGUGUGUGUGUGUGACACAUAUAUGAACUGUGCUGAGUCUAGUGUUAUAUAUGUGCAUACAAAUAAAUAUUCAAAUCAGGUCAUGAAUAUUCAUAGUUAAUUUGCUAUUAUAAUAAAAAGUCUUUUUACUAUUUAACAAUGA